ACCGUCAAAGAGGAAUCUAUCCGUACGAAUGCCGUCUGAGAUGAUUUUGCCGUCGACGACUGCCUGAAGAGUGCCAGCAUGGAUCCUUCCACGGAGUCUCGCAUACCAGAGCUGGGAGAUGUGAACCUCGCAUUACUCGUUUCUCUGGUGGCAGGGGAGCACUGCAUCUUCUCCACGGUGGUCGAAUCGGUCAAGAACCUCCAAGAAGAGAUCCGCGUCUCUUGCGAGCGAACAUUUGGCAUACAGCCUGCCGUGAUCGAAUGCACGUCGAAGACUACAGUGGACGAAUUCAACGAAAGUCUGCUUGUUGAAGUUGAUGAUGAAUUUGAAGAUGCGUCCGAACGACGAGAUGGCACUAAAUUGCCUACUUUCGAAUUCGACCUCUCUCCUCCGGCAGAUCGAACCCCUGGAAGAUUCGAAAGCAUCGGCAAUACGCUCGACGAUCGACGAAUAGCUGAUAUAGUCAUUGCCACGGGCCUGGACACUGCCGAGGAGAGUGUACAAGUUCAGGCCUUUGAGCUUCUGCGGUCACGACGAAUCUUUACCCGCGCUUCUAUGCAUCUGGCGCCCAAGGACUUGCUCUUCGUUGUGAUCCUGUCUAGGCCCACGGCCAGGCUAUCGCGGCACCUGAAUGACAUGUUCUGCAUGUCUCACGUCCACAUGGAUGAAGACGGGCUGCCAUAUACCGACGGUGUCAUACAGAAACACGAUGCGCCCACGCUACAACUUAAGGACCUUAGCUAUCUGCGAGAGCUAGCCGCGAACGUGUCUUUGACAGCCGAGAUGGCCCAGUACUUGCACAAUGUCGUGAUAUUCAUGCGCAACAGCCGCUACGUCAAAGGUGGAGUCACCGCAGCAGCUACCAGGCAAUUCCGAGUCCUCAGCAUGGCCCUUGCUCCACUUCACGGAUUGACGUAUGUGCCGCCUUCCCUUGUGGCACUGGCCGCACGGAAGGUCUACCUGCAUCGCUUGGUUCUGGCCACUUCGCAGAACGAGAAAAGCUUGCUAUGGGGCAGCGACCCGGAAGCGAUCGAGGAACUGCUUGACGUGCAGCUUCCAACUUUCCUCGCCUGCCUCUUCUUCAUGGGCUUCGUCGUCACAGCCUCCUCAUGGUCCAUUACCUUCUACGAGUCGAAGGCCGAUUGCAAGGGUAAGGGAGAUCGCGAGCGCUACACUUCUUACGUCGGCUCCAAGUACAACUACUGGACCCUCGCCGGUACCAAGGACCGCGAUUCCGGGGAUUGUCAGCAAACGAGGGAUGGUGGACACAACUUCGAGGACUGCAACUCCGGCCCACUCGACACGCACAAGCUGUACUUCACAGUCGGAUCCGGCACCCACUGUCGCUUCUCUUGGACCGCCGGUUUCUUCAUGCCAAGCGACCUCAGGGGUACAAUGCCAGGGGACGAGGGCAAGUGCUGGUCUAUGACUAGUGCGAUUGGAAGAAUCCCAGACGAAUUCUACUUUCAGUGCGGAGUGAUUGAUGAUCCUUAUUGGAACACGGCUGGCGGAGGUGGUUCGUCGUGA